AUGGAGGAAACCGAACCACCGUUCACUAGCGAGAUAAUGAACGCAAUGAUGCCUCCAAGGUUCCGAAUGCCUCCUACCACGCCCUACUCGGGCUUCGGGGAUCCUACCAAGCACAUGGAAUCCUAUCGUUCGUGGAUGGAGCUCCAGUCAGCCUCCAGACCAAUUAUAUGUCGAGCAUUCUCAAUAACGCUUAUUGGAGCUGCGCGAGGCUGGUAUCGACAACUGAAGCCGAGGUCUAUCAGCUCGUUCGUAGAGCUAAGUAAAGCUUUCCUCACUCAGUUCAUCGUAAGGAAACAACGCAGGAAACCCUCCGCACACCUGCUCACCAUCAAGCAGAAAGAUGGGGAUGCUUUGAAGGACUACAUUCUCCGAUUUAAUGGAGAAGCGAUGCAAGUCAACGAUUACUCGGACAAGAUGGCUCUGGCUACAAUAAUCUCUGGACUCAAAGAAGGAAAGUUCCUAUUCUCGAUAGAGAAAAACCCUCCGACUACAAUGGGAGAGUUUAUGAACCGAGCAGAAAAAUAUUCAAAUGCCGAGGACUUCUUCAGCUCCCGGAAAGGGACCCAUCAUGCAGGAACCUCCUUCCGGGACAAAAAGCGCAAGGAUGCUCCUUUCCAACUGAGCGCGAGCAAAAAGAGGUCAGAUGAGGAUGGAUCCCGUAGCCAAAUACCGAGUAGGAAACCCGAUAGUCGAUUCUGCUCGUACACUCCUCUCAACAAAUCUUUAGAGUGGAUCCUCUUGGAUAUCUAA